GUGACUGUUGCCGCCGACCCAGUGACCCCCGGAUCUGUCAGUGUCAGUUGGAACGGCGGUGCGUCGGCAGAAAUUAGGAAAAUAUGUUAAGGGGGCUGAAUUGGAACUAAGCGAUCCAGGAGGGGUGGAAAUGGAGGCUUGUUGUGACUGUGGUGUGGUGCCUCCCAUUUUGAGGAAAGAACUGACAUCGACCCUAUCACUGCGGCUGAACAGUGGAGGCACAUACGGCUUGGGACUGCACUUCGAAUCCAAUUCGAGGCAUGACUACUCUAAGCAACAGAACGCACUCCUGAGAGAAUUCAAACCAUCAAAUGUCACUCCUGUUUAUUUGCAACCUCAUCAAGAGAAGACUAAUGUCAGAUAGCAGAAAGUAACAG